GCUGGACCAUUAACCAAAGUGACAAUUUGUAAGGACAAAGAAGGAAAACCUAAGUCUUUUGGAUUUGUCUGCUUUAAGCACAAAGAGUCAGUGCCUUACGCAGUAGCUUUGCUGAAUGGAAUCCGUUUGUAUGGAAGACCAAUUAAAGUGUGCUACCGGUUUGGGAGCUCUCACUCAUCAGAACUAAACAGCUCAACACAUGGUUUUGAGAACUAUAGUGACUUAUAUUCACCUUCAUAUAGGUAUCAAGAGCCUUAUGGAUCUCCUCCAUUUCCUGUUACUCCUUUUCCAAUGAACAAUAGUCUACCUCAUGAAUACUCAGACUUUCGAAAGAUGGCAAGGAAACUGGUGUCUCUGGGUGGUACCUGUGGGCCAAACGCUACCCACGACACUCCUCAUGGAGCUUCUGAAUCUGAUGGUUACGGAUCAACGAACCAUUUUUUAGCACAGCAGUACACAGUACAGAGUCCAGUGGGUCAACAGUUUGCUUACUGUCAGAUGACGCCAAUACAGCCUUCAGAUUUAUCCAUCUCUCCGUAUCAGAUUCAAGCUGCAAAUUUUAAGUCUGCACAGAGUUCUUUUGAAUUGGCCUUGCCACAUUCAAGUGACUGUGAAGUGCACCGGGUGGAUGAAAGCAACUCUAAAAGAAAGAGAGAACAGCAAAGUUGUGACAGUGACACUAGUAUUGAGGAUGACAAAAUGAGACAGAGAGAGCGUGACCAAAAAUACAAGAAGUGCAAAGCCAAGAAAAAGAGGCAUUAA